AUGGUCACAACAUACGGCACCGUCCCCUCGCACUCCGAAGAGAUUAAGGUCUCCUUCCCGGCAGAGCAUGUCAUGCUCCUCACCCUCAAUCGUCCCAAGAAGCUCAACGCUGUGGGGCCGCAAAUGAGAGCUGAGAUUGGCACUGUGCUCAAUUGGUUCGAGGACGAGCCCAGUUUGUGGGUGGUGAUUGUGACGGGUGAGGGGAGGGCGUUCUGUGCGGGAGCAGAUUUGUCGGCCUGGAAUGAAACCUACAAAGACGGAAACUCGAAUGAAUCUCAGACAAUCGCCUCCUCCUUGCACGGAUUUGCCUCCAUCUCGCGGCGGCAGACGUCGAACAAGCCCAUCAUUGCGGCCGUCAACGGGCCCGCGUACGGAGGCGGUGUCGAGCUGAUUCUCAAUUGCGACCUCGUCGUUGCGAGCGACCAGGCCGUCUUCGCACUCCCCGAGGUCAAGCGUGGUGUCGUUGCUGCGGAGGGAGCUAUUCCUCGUCUCGCUGCAGUCGCUGGGCACCAGCUUGCCUCAGAACUCCUGCUCCUAGGAAACACCGUCAGCGCCAUUGAAGCGCGAGACCGCUUCCGAUUCGUCAACCGCGUGGUCCCAGCAUCCGCCGUCCUCGAAACCGCGCUCUCACUAGCCGCAAUCGUCACCGAAAACUCGCCCGACUCGGUACAGAGCUCCAAGCGCGGGCUCAUCUUCUCGCAACAGCUCCCCGUCGAGGAGGCCGUGCGCGCGCACGCCCUCGGGGAUGUAGGACGGAGGGUGUACAGGGGCGAGAAUAUCAAGGAAGGACUGGCUGCGUUUGCUGAGAAACGCAAGCCGAGGUGGAAGAAUCCUGCACGGCUUUGAGCUUGCCUGCAAAGCCGCGGCUGCUGCUCCUCUU